ACAAAAGCAGACACAAUGAUUACAUUGAUGCAAAGAGAGAGACACUUUCUAACUGGAUGAGGUACGUCAAUUGUGCUCGUAAUGAAGAGGAACAGAACCUAAUAGCGUUUCAGUACAAAGGAGGGAUUCUGUAUCGCUCCUGUGGCCUCGUGACUUCAGGAAAAGAGCUCUUGGUCUGGUAUGGGGAUGAAUACGCCAGACAUCUGGGAAUCGGAUUUGAUCGACUGUGGAACAACAAGAGCUCUACUAAAGGAGGGAGAUCCCAGCUGACACCAGCACAGGCUUUCCCCUGUCCCGAGUGUCCGUACUCCUACACGUCUCAGAUCUUCCUCCACAAACACAUGAAGAGGAGCCACGGCGACCUGUACGGCCGACUGCUGAGGAGUGGAGAAAUCAAGGUGGAGCCUAGGCUCCACCCAUACGUUGCAGCCUCCUAUCAAGAACCAAUCGGAGCCUCCCCGGGAACCGUCCAAAGCACGAGCCAGAUUCCAGCAGAAGGAGCCGGACGCCACAGAUGUGAGAAGUGCAGUAAAACCUUUAGUCACUCUGAUAGUCUGAAGGUUCACCAGCGCAUCCACAUGGGAGAGAAACCAUACCACUGUCGACAGUGUGGGAAAACAUUUAGUACAUCUGGUGAACUCAAGAGACACCAGAUCAUUCACACAGGAGAGAAACCAUACCACUGUCAACAGUGUGGGAAAACAUUUAGUAGAUCUGACGAACUCGAGAGACACCAGAUCAUCCACACGGGAGAGAAACCAUACCACUGUCAACAGUGUGGGAAAACAUUUAGUCAGUCCGGUGAUCUGAAGGUACACCAGCGCAUCCACACAGGAGAGAAACCAUACCACUGUCAACAGUGUGGGAAAACAUUUAGUAAAUCUGGUAAUCUAAAGGUACACCAACGCAUCCACACAGGAGAGAAACCAUACCACUGUAAACAGUGUGGGAAAACAUUUAGUCAAUCUUGUCAUCUCAAAAGUCACCAACAACUUCACAGAGGAGUCUCCACCCAAACAACCAUGUGAAGAAACUAAAUGGUUCCCAUACAUCUGUUAUUCGAAUCUAAUCAAAUAUGGUUCUUCCUGUUAUAUGUUAAAAGGGCACAUGAACGGUUAAUUGUUUAUCUUAUCAACUUUAUGUAUUUAUUUAUAUUCAUGUCUGUAUGAGUGAAGGUUUUUACCCAAAAAAUGUUCAGAAGAAAAAUAGUUUGAGAGUAAGGUAUCGUAGAUCUGACGUCAUUGUUAUAUUUAUUACAUUUGUAUGUAUUUAUU